AUGCGGCAUUUUUCCAAUUGGGUAAUCCAGUAUCAUCGCAUCAUCAGGUUGGACCUGAUCUGUCCGUGCAUGCAUCUAUCUGCCUUGCUGCGCCCUGCUAACAGAGGGCCAGGGUCAAAGGAUCGCCCCUGGAAAAUAGCAGGGUGCGGCCGAAGGCGUCCAUUCAAUGUUUUAGGUUCUAUUGCGGAGUUCUCCGAGGCUGCUGUACGAGACAAAAGGCUCCGCGAACAAGGCAAUGGACCAGUAGACAGCGCCGCCGACCCUCCAACCAGUGGAGAAAUGGCACUGCUCCGCGUUCGAGGUAACCAGCUGAAACAGAGCGUCCGGUGCCGUGCGAGCCGGAAAUACGGUAUCAUUUCACGGCGGCGAGGUCGCUGGACCCGGCCGGGCGAGAGGGAAGUGCAGGACUACGAAGUCGAGGACGUCGAGCGACGCACCGAGUUAUAUACUCCGUUGGCGGCGCCUGGUUGGCGGUGGAGGACAGCAGAUGCCCGUUCGGGGAAGGCGCGGGCCGCUAGACCACGUCUGGACGCGCUAAACCCAAGAUAG